AACACGUUAAGCGAUCUGACAGGCAUGAGCUAUAUAAAGACUUGUCGCGGUAGCGUUGUAUCGAAAGAGUUUAUUUUUCCCCGUUGAAUAAUAAUCUCCAACCAACAUGGUCUUCGCACGCGCAGCUUUCGCCGUCUUCGUUCUUUACGUCUACGGACUCAAUGCGGCCGAUUACGGGACAUCACCGGCCCCGUCCUACACCCCGGCUCCCUGCACGUGUGUCGCCGUGACCCAGACCCACAUUAUUACCAUUAACAAUACGGUGGCGCCGCCCAAACCCGACAACCGGCCAUGGCAAUACGCGAUCAAAGUGGGAGAUAUCUUGUACAUGACCUCGAUACGCGCCUUUAAAUCCUUCGCCGACCGCUCCAUCAUCACGUACGGCGGCACGUAUAACGAAGCCAUCCAGGUCAUGACCCUGGCCAACCAGAUCCUCACCGAGGCCGGCUGUAAAUGGGAGAACGUCCACGAUCUGCUGGCCCUGGCGGUCAACGGGCCCAGCGAAUUCCCGCUGGUGGACAAAGCCAUCGCGGAUUUCUGCAAGACACACAACUGCACCGUCUUUCCCUGGGCCGGCCAUCUGCGUACCGGCGGUGCGAUGACGGAUGGAGCGUUGGUGGAGAUGACAAUUCAAGCUAACAACUGUAACUGGCCUUAAUUCGGUUCGUCGUAGUCUUGCCGCGAAGGUCUACGACCGACUGACGAUCUAUGUACGCCACCCGGAAAUACCCCCAAGGGUUUCAUGUUUCUGUAUUUGAUUUUAUGAGGCCAAUGCGCGUGAAGCUCAUAGAAUUUGUGCUGAAUGACAUUUUUAUGGUCAUAAAACUGCCUAUAAAUCUUG